CUCCCUCCUCCGUCAGCUACCACCACCUAGAACUUCUCUCCUCCUCGAGAAGUCUCCCUUUUCUUCAAAUCAACCGACAUGGGUACGCCGGAGACAUCCAGGGAGCCCUGCCUGGACCGCAUCCUCGACGACAACGGCGACGCUUUCGGCAUGAGAGCAGUCGGCGGCUCUGCCUUCCACUUCAUCAAAGGGGUUUACAACUCCCCCGUCGGGACUCGCCUCACCGGCGGAACCCAGGCCGUCCUGAUGAACGCGCCCCGCGUCGGCGGCAGCUUCGCCGUCUGGGGCGGCCUCUUCUUGGCCUGGGUGGCGCUGACGAGGGAGACGGUGCUGGAGAUGAGGGCGAAGCUGAUGCUGAGAGGCGGAGUUUUCGAUGUUGGGGAUGAUUUGAUCAAGAAGGUGAUUUUCAUUAGGGCUUCCAUUUGUGGGGAGAAUCAUCCUGAUACGGUUGCGGCGAGGGAGACGUUGAGUAAGCUUGGGAGGUUGAUUGCGAAAGUUCAGACGACGACCGAUGGUUAUAAUAAUAAUGCUUCUUCUCUGCCGUAGACGGCGGCGGCGGCCGGAGGGUGUUUCGGUUGUGAUGAAACGUUAUGAUAACAACAUGAUAUUCAUUCAUCUUCGUUUGGUAGUGUGACACUAUAGAUUGGUAUUAGUUCAUUACACGUGUAUUAGUAUUAGC